AUGGGCAUCCUCAACUACGAUUUCCUUUACUCCCAACUAUUCAUCACACCCUCUUAUCCCACUGCAUCAUUCACCAACCAAACGAUCAUAGUCACCGGCUCAAACGUCGGCCUCGGCCUUGAAGCAGCCCGACACUUCACGCGCCUUGGCGCGGCGAAAGUCAUCCUCGCCGUCCGCAACCACAGCGCUGGCGAAGAAGCCCUGGAAUCUAUCGAGAAAUCGACCGGCACUACCGGCAUCUGCGAAGUAUGGGAUCUAGACCUGGCGUCGCACGAAUCCGUCCUCGCAUUCGCGAAGAAAGUAGCCCAGCUCCCACGUCUGGAUGUGUUUGUCGCCAACGCCUCGAUAGCAACCGGCACUUUCCAACUUGCUGAGGGCCAUGAGCGGACUAUAACUGUGAACGUGAUUAAUACCAUGCUAUUGGAAUUGCUGGUGUUGCCGACGCUGCGGAAGAGCGCGAGGUUGCAUCCCGGUACGAAACCCCGGUUGACGACGGUGGUUAGCGAGGUGCAUGCGUGGACGAAAUUUGCAGAGCGGGGUGCCGAGAAUGUGUUUAAGGCCUUGGAUGAUAAGGAACGGGCGAAUAUGCCAGAGAGGUAUGAGACGUCAAAGCUAUUGCAGGUGCUCUUGCUGCGCGAGAUGGUGGCGCAGGGAGCUGGGGACUCGGUUGUCAUUAAUAUGGUCAAUCCGGGAUUCUGUCAUUCGCGACUAGGGCGGGAGAUGGGACUGCUAUUUGGGCUUUUGCAGAUGUUGCUUGCCAGAUCGACGGAGGUGGGGAGUAGGACGCUCGUGGCUGGGGCAGCGAGUGGGGAAGAGAGCCAUGGGGCGUAUAUGACAAAUGGGAAGGUAGAUAAUGGUGCCUUGUCUCUGUUUGUUCGCAGUGAGGAAGGAAAGAAAACACAGGUGAAGCUCUGGGGAGAGCUUGUGGAGAUCUUAGAAGCUAUCGAGCCGGGCUGUACGCGGGUUGUAUAA